AUAGAGGCAGGGAUACUGUUUUCGGAAGCCAGCGGAACAAAGGUGUAAUCUUCCGUUCACAACCUCCUGGGUCUGCGGUUGAUCCUUUCCCACUUCUCGGUGUUCGACACCCUGCCUUUCGCGAAGCCAACAUGUCUGCCCAGCUCUGCCGCGCCCUGUACGACAACGCAGCCGAGUGCCCGGACGAGCUCUCCUUCCGCAAGGGCGACUUGAUGGUCCUGCUGCAGCCCGAAGCCCCGGGCCUGGAGGGCUGGCACCUGUGCUCCUUGCACGGGCAGCAGGGGAUUGUGCCAGCCAACCGGGUCAGAGUCCUUCCCGAGCCAGGGUCUCCAGGGCCCACCCCUCGCCGGAACCAUGGCCCGGCGGACGUCUACCAGGUGCCCAGGAAGGAGGCGGCAGCGGCAGUCGGGACAGCCUACGAAGCGCCCCAGGAUGAGAGGAGGAGGGGGCGCAGGAAGGAGGAGCAGGAGGUUUAUGAGGUGCCGCCACCCGCCAGACCGUGCCCUCUGCCACCUGAAGGGAUCUAUAGGGUCCCUUGCAGCACCAGACGAGACGGGGACCCCGCAGAGGUUUACGACGUCCCCUCCUCCCUGAUCCGAGACUCUCUGUCCGACACCUACGACUCGCCCUCCCCUUGCCCGAAGAAAGUGGCCCGCGUUGCCCCGCAGCCCUCAGCCCCUCCGCCCUCCGACGACCCCUACGACGUGCCCCUCGCCUUCAAGAAGCCCGCCGGCCUGGAGGAGGAAGGGGAGGCGGAUGAUGGGGGCUCGGAGAGGCCCCUCGUCUACGCCACCCCGUCAAACCUGCGCCGCGCCUCGGCCUUGCUGAACUUGUAUGAGUCGCCCGAGGAAGUGUUGGCGGGAGGCGGGGAGGAGGAAGAGGACGGGGGCAUCUACGACGUCCCUCUGCUGGCGCCCGGCUCCCCGCCCCUCGAGGGGGCGCUCCAGGGACUGAGCUUGCGGGAUCCGGGACCCCCUUCGAGACCCCGCUUGCCCUCGGCCGAAAGCCUGUCGCGGCGCCCCCUGCCUGCCCUUCCCAGCGAGGAGCGGCUGUCCGUCGAGCCCCCUCCCCCCUCCCCGAGCAUUGUGAGGAAAGGGAGUAUCCAGGACCGCCCUCUGCCCCCGCCCCCGCCCCGGCUGGGGGGUCUUGGGGCAGGAGAGCAGCUGGAGCAAGUCACGGAUGACGGGCACAACGAAUACGAGGGAAUCCGUCUGGCGGAGGAAUACGACUACGUUCACCUUAAGGGAGCAGAUAAAACUCAGCCCAAAACUACAACUUUUGAAGGAAGCCUAGGAAUCGCCCUUUCUGGAGACACAGCCCAGGCUGAAGAAAUGGCUCCGCCUUCGCCCGAGGACAGCCAGCUUCUGCAGUUCUACACGGGGCAGUGCCAGACGCAUUACACCACCCUGCUCUCGGCCAUCGAGGCGCUCCUGGCCAGCGCCGGUGCCCACCAGCCCCCGUGGGUCUUCGUGCCCCACGGGAAGUUCGUCAUUGUCACGGCGCACAAACUGGUCUUUGUGGGGGACACCGUGUCCCGCCUGGCGUCCUCGGCAACGGUUCGGGCGAGGGUAGGGGCGGCGAGCAGCACCCUCUGCCAGGCCCUGAAGGAUGCCGUGCUCUCGGUCAAGGGGGCCGCCCUGCACUACCCCUCGCCGCCCGCCGCCCGGGAGAUGCGCGAGUGCGUGGCGGAGCUCUCCCGGCAAGCCUUGGCCUUCACUUCCUUGCUUGGCACCCUGGCGCCAUCUUGAAUCCUGCGUCAGUGCCGAUUCGCCACCAGGAAACUCCUGCCCUGAAGCUGUGAGACACUACGACCCCCUCCUGUGGCAAUAACUGCAGUGCCGCUUGGUGGUUUUCUGGAACCAAGCAGGCCCGAACCUGCCCCAUGGAUAACUCAGGCCCUCGCCUAAGGACGAAUGUUUCCCUUGAGUUCCAGCUGCCAUCUUGUCAGGGCCUCUUAACCCCCAUGGCUUUCAGGGUCUGCAGCCGGAAGCAACCUUUAGUAACCUUUGACCCUCGGGUGCUCAGUUUCGACCCACAAAGGAGACAGCCUUGCUUGACUUCGUGACAAGAAAUGGUCCUUGUCAGUGCCGGACCUUUGCCUGUUUGGUUUUACUGCCUAGCCCUUGCACCUGCGACCAGCCAUCUUGGACGGUUUCCUAACCAAAGAACGUUCCGGACCUUCGGCCUCUGACCCAACACUGCGCAUCAUGACGUCCAUUUCCCCGCUCCAGUUAGGAGCUGAAGGGAGACAGAAUUGAUGGGAAAUGACCCUUGUCAUCCUGUAACAAAAGAUUCUGGAGCAACGGCUGGAGAAAGAGGGGGGAUUGGGAGAACGACCAAUAUUGCUGCAGCAGAGAGGGUUAUGGGAAAUUGCCAACAGGGGCAAAAGGAGACAAAACGCAGAAGAGGCAGCAAAAUGUGAAAAGAAGCAAAUUAAUCUGGGGCAGAAGGGAGGAAGCCGAGGGUGAACAGGAAAUGAU